AAGCUUCUCUAGCUGCUGUUAUCAUUCAUGGUGUUGGCGAUCUGAUUGUUGGACCACAAACUUUAAAACGUUUCUGGCAAGCUAAUCCAAUUGAGUUUUUUAUCUUUUGGAUCGGAGUUAUUGUUACAAUUUUUUCUACCAUUGAAACCGGUAUCUACAUUACAAUUAUUUCUUCGGGUUCUCUACUAUUGUUUCGUAUUGCAAAAGCUCGUGGUGAAUUUGUUGGUCGAGUUCAAAUUCAACAAGUCAAAUUAACAACCAAUAGUUAUGUUCAUGUAACAAGUAGAAAUAUCUAUGUGCCACUCAAUCAUUCUGAUGGUUCGAAUCCGACAAUUAUUCCAAUAUCACCCGGCGAUGGCAUAUUUAUUUAUCGGUUAAAUGAAAGCUUUUUGUAUCCAAAUGCCAAUUAUUAUAUGGAACAUUUAGUUGAACAUAUUUUUCGCGAAACGAAACCAGGCAAAGUCAAUCCGUAUGGUUCACUAGGUGAACAGCCAUGGAAUUUGAGGACUAGUCGUCAUCCAGAAAAAGAUCUACAAACAGAUGAUCAACGUCCAUACUUACAUGCCUUAAUUUUAGAUUUUACUGGUGUUGCACAUUUGGACAUAACUGGUCUGGAAAAUCUUGUUGAUAUCCGUCGACAAUUAGAUCGUUACGCAGAUAAAACCAUUAAUUGGCAUUUUGUUGGCUUAUCGAAUCCUUGGAUGAAACGAGCUCUCAUUUCGGCUGGAUUUGGAUCAUCUGAUCACGGUCAUACAGUGUUUUCUGUAGCAAACGUCUAUAUCAAUCUCGAUCGUGGUGAAAACGGUGCAGAUACUAUUCUUGUGCCCAUUCUUGAUAUCAAUCGACCUCUCUUUCAUACAGAUCUCGAUGAAGCGUAUGAAGCAGCUAUGGCUACAUUAGUUCAACAAGAAACAUUUUUCAUUUCCCGUAAUGAUACAGCAUAA